CUAGACUUGACGUUUGCUUAUCAUUUUACAAAUUUUUUACACGCCCAAAUUAAGUUCUAGUGUCGUUUACUUACACGUUUCAAAUAAAUUGCAGAUACCAAAAAGUGUUUUAUUAAUUAAAAUAUCAAAAUGUCAGAAGAAACACCAGUAGAAAACCUCGGUGAGGGAGAUAUCGACACCAUCGAUUCUAAUUACAAACCACCACCAGAGAAAACUAUUGAAGAAAUGGUUGCAGCUGAUCAAGAGGAUGAAAGCUUAAGAAAAUACAAAGAGGCAUUGCUGGGUGAAGCGCAAGUUGGAAAAGUUAUAGUUGAUGCAAAUGAUCCCAGGAAAGUAAUUGUUAAGAAACUAGCUCUCUGUGUUGCCGGGCGAGAUGAUAUGGAGCUCGAUUUAUCGGGUGACAUUUCCGCGUUGAAAAAACAAGUGUUCACAAUCAAAGAGGGUGUCCAAUAUAAAAUUCGAAUUGAUUUUCUUGUUCAAAGAGAAAUUGUUCAUGGAUUAAAAUAUGUGCAAAAGACCUUUAAACUAGGACUUCCUGUUGAUAAAAUGACACACAUGGUUGGUUCCUAUCCUCCAAAAACUGAAAUGCAAUCUUAUACUACACCCGCUGAAGAUGCACCUGCAGGUAUGCUAGCUCGCGGAGGCUAUUCUGUAACAUCUUUAUUCACCGAUGAUGAUAAAAAUGAGCAUUUGAAAUGGGAGUGGGCAUUUGAAAUCAAGAAGGAUUGGUAGAUUUUCUUAACGAUAUGGAAGUUUUAGAAUGGCUCAUAUAAACAUAUCAACCUCAUAUACAUAUAAAUUCAUUUUUAAGCUUAGAAAGGAAAAUGUAGCAGGUAUGACAAGUAUUAAUAUUUUUCGAUAAGUUUGAAAACCACAUGUGGUAUUUUUAUACAAAAAGUCUUUUCCAUUUCAACUAUAACAAAGCAAUAG